AUGUGUUAUACUUUCACAUAUAAACGCCAUGGAGCCGACCACAUAUUAUAUCUAUGUCAGCAGUGCAAGAGCAAAGGAAAGUGGAUUGGAAUCAAAGUAGAGUUUCUCACUGCUUACGGACAUAUUCUUGAUUGGGUUCUUGGUGUUGAACGGAGAAUUUCUAAGUUUGUUAAUUAUCAUGGUCACUUGGACUAUCCAACUGCUUACAGUCAGUUGAAUACACUGAUAACCCGUGAACAUCCCCAGCUUGGAAAGUUAAUUGAAGUUCUAAGAAACAUCAAUGAAGAAACUGACUCGGCACUCACUACACUUGAACAACGCCCAUCACAGACGAAACAUUUGAGAAAUCGCGACCGCGAGAGGCGCGAACGAAUAAUAUCCCAUAUGAGGAGGUUUACCGACGAAUACAACUCAGGAAUAUCUCGCGCACGCAUCGAAACUUACUGCCGUACUAUGGCGCGCUUUGUUUCGAAUAGAACAAUCUAA